AACCCUUAAGCCGUUGAGGAUCCAAUUCCCUAAUUAGUACAUAUAACCAUUCCAUAAACCCUCACUGCCGUGUGCGCCAAGGUUUGCCAUUUGAUUUGGCUUUCGACAAUGCAAGGAAUGGAAAUUGAAGAAUCAUCAUCAAACUUCAACGAAUCUAUGGAAGUUGAAGAAUCAGCAUCCAACAUCAACGAAUCCAGUGAUGAUUUAUGCAGUUCAAUUCUCUAUCAUUCUGGAGAAUCCACCGACGAAAACCACCAACACCUCCGUGCCGUUAUCGGUGCCAUGUCUCAGGAACUCAAACACAACAACCUCCCUUCAUCACCGGUUGCUUACUUCGCAGCCGCUUGUUCUUCCCUGGACCGCAUCGCAUCCGAACCUAAUCCGCCUAAGCACCUCAUCGACGCGCUCCUCACCAUUCUCUCUUUUGUAAUCGCUAGAGUUCCUGUUGCAGUGGUGAAGAAUAAGACGGAGUUUCUGUCCGAGCUUGUUUUGAAAGUUAUUCAAUCUCCGUUGAGUUCUGAAACUGCAGUUAUUCAUGGAUUGAAGUGCCUUUCGCAUUUGUUGAUCAAUAGAGACAAUCUUCAUUGGCGUGAUGUGUCUCCGCGGUUCGAUGUCUUAUCAGGGUUUAUUACUGAUUCACGACCUGAGGUAAGAAAGCAGUCUCAUUUGUGUCUCCGUGAUGUCUUGAUGAGCUUUCAAAUGUCUUCGCUAUUAGGAUCUGCAAGCGAAGGUGUUAAAAACAUGCUCGACAGCUUUAUACUGUUUGCUGCUGGAGCAAAUGAAAAUGCUGACCAAGAAAGAGCCAAACAGCUUUUGUACAUUCUCGAUGCCUUGAAAGAAUGCUUUCCUUUCUUGUCGCUAACAUACAAGACCAGCAUCCUUAACUACUUCGAAAGUCUCUUGGUUCUACGUCAACCACUACUCACAAGACGCAUAACAAAUUGUUUGAAUUUCCUCGUUCUAUACCCGGCAACGAAAGUUUCUCCUAAAGCACUACUUGAGGUGUUAUGCUCAUUAUCGACUCAUUCUACCUCAUCCAGUGUCAUGUCUGGAGAUGGAUUAACAUUUACUGUCCGCUUGCUUGAUGCUGGAAUGAAGAAAGUCUUUUCUCUAAACAGACAAAUGUGUGUUAUUAAGCUUCCCAGUGUCUUUAGUGAUCUCAAAGAUAUUUUUGCAUCUGAACAUGAAGAGGCCAUAUUUGCUGCCGCAGAUGCACUCAAGAGCAUGAUCAAUUAUUGCAUUGAUGAUAUUUUAAUUAAACAAUGCGUGGAUCAGAUGACUUUGGAUGAAUCAAGGAGGUCAGGACCAACCAUUAUUGAGAGAAUUAUUGCAAUUGUUGAGAGCUUACUUGGUUAUCACUAUGCUACUGCCUGGGAUAGAGUAUUUGAAGUUGUUUCAGCUAUGUUUCACAAGCUAGGAAGUAACUCUCCUUACUUCACGAGAGGUAUUCUCAAAAACAUGGAAGAUAUCCAGAAGCUGACUGAUGAAGAUUUCCCCUUUAGGAAACAGCUUCAUGCAUGCCUUGGAUCAGCUCUUGUUGCAAUGGGACCUGAAACCUUUUUAUCCCUUAUACCACUGAAUUUGGAAGCUGAAGAUUUAUCUGUUUCAAAUAAAUGGCUUAUUCCAAUUCUAAAACAUUAUAUUGUUGGUGCAAGUCUAAAAUAUUUUACAGAGGAGAUUUUUCCUAUGACUCAACGUAUAAGGGAGAGGGCUCAAAAGCUUGAGAAGCAGGGACUGAGGGAGUCAUCAAGGAGUGCAGACGCACUUGCUAAUUCUUUGUGGUCUUUGCUGCCUUCAUUUUGCAACUAUCCUUCAGACACUGCUAAAAGUUUCAAAGAUCUAGAGACACAUUUACGUAGUAAAGUAAAAGAAGAACCUGAUAUUCGUGGAAUAAUAUGCACUAGUUUGCAGAUUCUGAUUAGACAAAACAAGAAUAUUAAGGACUCAAAUGAUAAGGACAAUAUUGGGCAAGAUAUGGCCGAAGAACAUAUUUUGGUUAAUUGCUCACAACAGGUCGCAACAGAAAAUUUGAGGGUGCUGGAUAUAUCUGCAAAGAACUUGUUGAAAGAUCUGUCAGAAGUGUUCCUGGAAUCUUCAAAAGAUGAAGGUGGUUGUUUGCAGGCCACAAUUAGGGAUAUCGCUUCUAUAGCAGAAAAGAAAGUCGUACAAAACUUACUUAAUAAGAAAAUGUCGGACCUUUUAAAAUGCAUUCAAAAGGCCAACAAAAUAAACGAUUCCGAAAGUUCUAAGCAGAUUGACGAUGCAUCAAAUGAUGUAUCACAGUCAGUUCUCAGGACACGAUUUCUUGAUUUAGCAGUUUCAUUGUUGCCUGGAUUGGAUGCGAAAGAUAUUGAUUUAUUGAUAUUUAAAGCAUUAGUAGAGCCAGCAUUGCAGGGUGUUGGUGUCGUGCAGAAGAAGGCAUACAAAGUUCUUUCGAUCAUUCUCAGGAGCUCGGAUAGUAUUGUUUCAUCAAAGCUUGAGUAUCUGCUCGAGCUUAUGGUUGAAAAUUUUCCUUGCCAUUUCUCUGCCAAACGUCGUAGACUUGAUUGCAUUUACUUCUUGAUUGUCCAUGUCUUGAAGUCAGAGACAGUCAAAGUUCAGUUCCUUUACUUCUUAACAGCCCAUGACCCAAAGUCUAAGGAUGAUUUGAAAAUCAGGCCAGAAGUUUUCCUCACCGAGAUAAUACUGGCUCUUAAAGAGACCAAUGGAAAAACCAGGAACAGGGCUGGUGACAUUCUGCAUGAAAUUGCCCAUGCAUUUGGAGACAAGGAGAGAGGUGGGAACAGAAAUAACCUGUAUCAAUUUUUUAUCAAGGUUGCUCACGGCCUUGUUGGGGAAAAUCCACAUAUGAUAAGUGCAACAGUUAUAUGUUUAGGUCGCUUGGCCAAAGAAUUCUCUGAUCUUGUUUUAAGUGCUUUUGAUUUGCUUCCAUCCAUAUUUAUCCUGCUCGGAAAAAAGAAUAAAGAGAUAACUAAGGCCAGUCUUGGUUUGUUAAAAGUUUUAGUAACCAAAUCACAAGCAGAAGGAUUGCAUUUGCAUCUGAGGAGCAUGAUUGAGUCUUUGUUCGCCAAAAAUCAUUUUAAAGCAAAGGUCAAACGUCUUUUGGGAAUGCUUGUCGAGGAGUGUGGAUUGGAGGCCGUUAAAGCUGUCCUGCCUAAAGAGCACAUGAGACUCCUUUCCAACAUACGCAAGAUCAAGAAGUGGAAAUUGAAGAAUCGAGGUGCUAAAUCUGAAGAAACUAGGUCACAUGUUUCAAAGACAACUACAUCCAGGUCCAAUAUGAGGCUUAUAAAGAACUCUCCCGGGCAUUUAUCCAUCGAAUCAGAUGAGCCACUUGAUUUACUUGAUCGGCAGAAAACAAGGUCAGCUCUUAGAUCGUCUGAGAAUCUCAAAAGGAAGUCAAGGUUAGACGAUGAUGAGAUGGAGGUAGAUUCUGAAGGACGUUUGAUUAUCCAUGAGGAAAGGGAACAGACAAAGGAAAAACCAUCCGAUUCAGAUUAUGAUGCUAGGAGUGAGCCUGAUAGUCAUUUGUCUGCGAGGUCUGGAACUAAAGCCCAGAAGCGGAGAAAAACAGCAGAGUUUGGUAGGGGUUACACUGGAAAAGAAUAUGGUUGCAAAAAAGCAGGUGGAGAUAUGAAGAGGAAGGAUAAGCUUGAACCUUAUGCAUUUUGGCCACUUGAUAGAAAAAUGAUGAGUUGUCGGCCAGAGCAUCGGGCUGCUGCAAAAAAAGGUAUGGCGAAUGUGGUAAACAUGACAAAAAGGCUUGAAGGCAAGAAUGUUUCUGGCGCGCUUUCUGUUAAGAGUAUGAAAUUAAAAAGAAGUCAUAAGAAAGGAAGCAAGCAAAAGAAGAAGGUAUUUAUUUAAUGAGAUAGGAAAGACAGGUUUUCGAGUUGGAGUUUUCUUUCUUAUACGCUAUACACAGAGUAGCUGUGUUAAAUUUUAAAGAGAUUGAUAUCAUAUUUUACUUGCACUGGACUUCGAGGAAACAAUGUUCUUUUGAAAAGAAAAUAAAUUUUAUACCCUGUUUUGAUU